CUACGGUAGCUACGAUAGGAUAACCCGACCUGUAUGCAUCACUUUCCUGAAUGCUGCCAUUAUCAUCAUAAAUUCUCGUGGGAAUCAUCGCCAUCCUGACAAAGAGCACUAUUCCGUAUAUUCACUGAGCUGUCGUUCUGAUGGGGGACCUUCAAGCUCUUCUUCCAGACGAUGUUUUCUUUCUCAUUACUGAACAGCUAGCACGUGCAUACGAUUUCGAUUCGCUCUUCAAUGUCGCCGUAUCGGGCAGACGCUUGGCUGUCCCAGCGUUGACAAACCUCUACCGAGAGCACCACCAUGCGCCAUGCAAAGGUGGUGGAAGCGAAGCUGCGCCAUUGGCACAACAACAAUUGAUGGUGCAAAGAUGGUCUAUACUGUGGCGCUCGAUCGUAGCCUCCAGUCUCAAUGACACAUUGUAUCCGUACUGUCGCUAUAUACGAGAGCUAGAUCUGCGUGACCUCAGCUCUUUGCUAGAAGACGACAAGUUCAGGGGCAACGUAUCUAAGUCAUUCUUUGCUGGCUCUAUGUCUCGUUUCAACAUAGCCAUGGAUACUCCUGUAAACAAGAGAAGUGGGCGGAAGUAUGCUAGGUUGAACACUACGGCGAUUCUCGAUGGUAUCGGCGAAGUCCUGACCGAACAUACGCCCAUGGUUGAUUUGAUCAGUGGCAAAGUACUCCCUCUUGCUCUCCUACGAUGGGCUCCAAGGCUACCACGGUUGAGAACGCUGGAGCUCUAUGAUGGCGAUACACUUGCAGAUGAGCUUGCGCAAGCAGCGCUUCAUGCAAAUUGUCCACAUUUUGAGGCGUUGUCUAUGUUCCAAUGGAUCGGCGACGACCGAGAUCACAAGCUAGCUACUUUCUUUUCCGGCAUGGCUCCACAGACGUUGCGUUCAUUGCAAGUUAUGCACGAUUGCGGACUAGGAGUAGAGACGUUCCUUAGCCUAAACAGUCACGGUGAGUCUAUAAGAUCACUAAUCCUGAGCGUAGGUACCGACGCACUGCCUCACCUAGGUCUCCUAAAAGGAUGCACCGCACUGGAACAACUAAAGCUUGACGGUGAUGGGCGAACUGAUCUUCAAGCAACGCACAACGACAUAUUCCUCGAGACCGUGGCAUGGUUACGCUCUUGUGAACGGCUGCGAGAGCUGGAAUUCAGUGGCUUCCCUUCCGGUGCAGCACUUGCAACUCCUGUUCUUCUGGAGGACAGCAUCAAAUUGGAAAAGCUAGACGUGGACAACUACAUAGGCACAGAGCAACGGUUGUUUCACCAGGCUCUCUCGAAUCAGAGGGGCUCUCUCAAGUCCCUGAAUCUUGAGGGCGAUGACACGGAGAUGGUAUAUGAUGACGUGGAGGCGAUGGUCACGGCUCUUUCCCAACUCAAUGGACUGCAAGAACUUGAGUUACGCGGAGUUGGAGAUCCUCUCAGGGAUCAUCAUGUGAGCCAAUUCAUUGCUCAAAUGCCUGACUUGGAGGAUCUCCUGAUAAGCGGCUGUAUGACCGAUGCGAUACUCCCAGCACUGAGUAUUCUCAGUAAGUUGAAGAGUGUGACCCUUUUGGUGGUCACUGAGUUCAGCAUGGAAUGUUUGCUUGAAUAUGUGUCCAAUCUGGGACCAGGUAAUCAAGGUCUGACCUUUUCCUGCGAUGUGGCGAAUCCAGACACCCGCCUCUCAGAAGACGAGCAGCGAGUCAUAAGGCAAGCUAUUGCGGAAAAGGUCGACGGUAGAUUCGAGUACACCUUACUCCGUGAUCCCGAUGUUUCUGAGUUCGAAGGGGAUUCGGACUAAGGUACGGUGACUUUCAGCGUCUCGAAGUAGAAUUUCGUAACAUGCACAAGAAAGGUUCAUACCUACCGAGUUGGAUAUACGUCUUUACAAUAAUAGUGACGUGGUACAAAAAUAACCCAAUUACGUCGGCAAUGGGAGCAUAGCAAUAUUCACGCAAUAUUGCUAGGAUAUUAAUACAUUUGGUGGUAAUUGAUGUAUGACGUGAUCUAGCUCCGCUAGUGGUGUGGGUCCUUUCAGACAUUUCUUUGGCGACGUG